AGAGGCCCGCACUUUAUGGCGACAGCGGGGGGCGUGGCCCUGCGGUCUGUGCGCGCGGCGCGGCCAGACGCUGCGGGCGGGGCAGAGGAUGGACGCCCGGGCAUCCGCUGCGACGGUUGAGGCUUCGCGAGGGAAGGCGGCGGCGUAGGCACCUGGGCAGGGGAGGCGGAGGCGGCCGGGCUAUGGCGGGAGACCCUCUCCUCUGGGCUCUCUGAAGUUCCGGGGAGCCGGAUCCCAUGGGCUCGCUGAGCAGCCGAGUGCUGCGCCAGCCCGGGCGAGCCCGACCCUCGCAGGAGCCGGGUCCCGGGGUGGGGGGCUCGGCCCGGAGGCCGGAGGCUGGCGGCGACGCGGCCGGCCCCGGCUUCUGCUACUGCCGGGGCAGCCGCAAACGCAAGCGGAGCAGCGGGGCCUUCUGCUACUGUCACCCCGACUCGGAAACAGACGAAGAUGAGGAGGAAGGCGACGAGCAGCAGCGGCUCCUCAACACCCCUCGGAGUCAGGCUACUUUUCUAGUAUGUUCAGUGGUUCUUGGAAAGAAUCCAGCAUGAAUAUUAUUGAACUGGAGAUUCCUGACCAGAAUAUUGAUAUAGAAGCACUGCAAGUUGCUUUUGGGUCGCUGUAUCGUGAUGAUGUCUUAAUAAAGCCCAGUCGAGUCACUGCCAUUUUGGCAGCAGCUUGUAUGCUGCAGUUGGAUGGUUUAAUACAACAGUGUGGUGAGACAAUGAAGGAAACAAUUAAUGUGAAAACUGUAUGUGGCUAUUACACAUCAGCAGGGACCUAUGGAUUAGAUUCUGUGAGGAAAAAGUGCCUUGAAUGGCUUCUAAACAAUUUGAUGACUCAUCAGAAUGUUGAACUUUUUAAAGAGCUCAGUAUAAACGUCAUGAAACAGCUCAUUGGUUCAUCUAACUUAUUUGUGAUGCAAGUGGAGAUGGAUGUAUACACAGCUCUAAAAAAGUGGAUGUUCCUUCAACUUGUGCCUUCUUGGAAUGGAUCUUUAAAACAGCUUUUGACAGAAACAGAUGUCUGGUUUUCUAAGCGGAAAAAGGAUUUUGAAAGUAUGGCCUUCCUUGAAACUGAGCAAGGAAAACCGUUCAUGUCUGUGUUUAGACAUUUACGGUUACAGUAUAUUAUUAGUGAUCUGGCUUCUGCAAGGAUUAUUGAACAAGAUUCUUUAGUACCUUCAGAAUGGCUGUCUUCGGUGUACAAACAGCAGUGGCUUGCUAUGCUGCGGGCAGAACAGGACAGUGAAGUGGGGCCUCAAGAAAUCAACAAAGAAGAACUAGAGGGAAAUAGCAUGAGGUGUGGUAGAAAACUUGCCAAAGACGGUGAAUACUGCUGGCGGUGGACAGGUUUUAACUUCGGCUUUGACCUACUUGUAACUUACACCAACCGGUACAUUAUUUUCAAACGCAAUACACUGAAUCAGCCGUGUAGUGGAUCUGUCAGUUUACAACCUCGAAGGAGCAUAGCUUUUCGACUUCGUUUGGCUUCUUUUGAUAGUAGUGGAAAACUAGUAUGUAGUAGGACAACCGGCUAUCAAAUACUUACCCUUGAAAAGGAUCAGGAACAAGUGGUGAUGAAUUUGGACAGCAGGCUUCUGAUCUUCCCUUUGUAUAUCUGCUGUAACUUCUUAUAUAUAUCACCAGAAAAAAGAACUGAAAAUAAUCAUCACCCAGAGAAUCCAGAAAACUGAGGAUCUCAUCAGUUUUGGAAACAGCAGCACUUUGAAAAUUUCUCAGGCCGAUCUUAAUGGCCCUACUGACAUUCGUGUCUAAGGUGACUAACAAUGACAAAGGCCUUAUGAACUGUACAGACAAUACAGAAGAUGUUUCUUACCCUCAUUACAUUUCUAUGCAUAUAUGCAAAAGCAUUUUAAAGCCAAGAAAAUAUCUGUCAAACCAUGCAAGUUGUCAAUUCAUGAUUUUAAUUUAGCAUUAGGAGAAAAUUGCUGUAGGUAGAUUUCACAUUCUUUGCAACGAAAUACAUUAGCUUCAAUUUUGAGCCUGCCUAAUGUUAGUGACUUCCAUUUAUCUGCCUGUUAUUUUUAUUCUGCUGAAAGAAUGCUAAAGAAAUAAUCUGAAGAGCCAAUUAUAAAUGUUCUUUCCAUUGGUGCCUUUAAAGCGUUCAGUCUUCUGCUCAUGUCGAGUCCUCCGCGUGGUCCAGCAUCCGUUGCAGUCGUACAUGUUUUUAAUCACUAAAUACUUUCGUCACGGUUUUGGGAGACUAAGCUGCAGAACUUCCAUUUUUUAACUGAAGCAUUUUCAUGUUUAUUUUCAAAUUUAGCUUUCCUGGGCUUUUAAAAACAAUAAAAAUCCGAUUUAGGCCUUCACACAAACUUGAAUAAGGGAAAAACCAGUUUGAUUUGAGGACAUUCCUUUGCCUUACAUGGUCUUGACAUUCUGUAUACCUUUAUUAUUAGGUUAAGAAUUAUUUAUGUACCAAAUAUUACACUUUUGAAUAUUUUCAUGUUCUCUGAUCUUUAGAAUUAUUUAUGUUCAAAUUUUAAUUGGGAAUCCCAUUUCCUACUUAAGCUCAGGACUUUAUAACCUCUGAACGGAGUGCCUUUGAGUUAUACAUAUUAAUAGAAAUUUCAUAGUAAAUGUACAUAAGGUUGGAGGAUCUAAUAUUGAAGCUGAUAAUAAAGCAUUAAUGUAAAAAAACAA